AUGGAUGGCUCCAUCCCUCCGCCGUCCGCUAUUUCUCCCAUUUCUCCCUCGCCAUCCACUUCCUCAGCCAUCUUUCGCCCCCGCAGAUCCGACGACUGGCACGAGUACCGUCCGAUCAUCGAACAACUCUAUCGUGACAAUCAAUUAAAGCUCAGAGAUGUCAAGAGAAUUAUGGAGCGUGAUUAUAAGUUCCAUGCAUCUCACGUUCCCUUAGAGCUACGGUUCUACCUCUAUUAUCAUUUUGAACCUUGGAUUAAUCCUCGUCUCUGUUUGCCGUUGUUGCUCCAGUCCAUUUGGUUUUAUUUUCCUUUUUCUCCUAAAGCUCAUGCCGAAUGGGAACAAUUUAAAAACACCCCUAACGCAUAA